AUGGCCAAGGAGAGUGCUGCUAACAUGGCUCAAGAACCAACUGUAAGGGUGGUCCUGGCUGCCGACCAGCCCGAUAAUCCGCAUUCUCCCGGCAAUGUGGCUCCAGACACGGUUCUCCAGGACCCAGUGCAGGUAGAUAGCGAACGCGUCGAUGACGAGGGAUACGAUGAUAGCACCUCAUAUGAGAACGGCCGCCGCUACCAUGCCUUCCGUGAGGGCAUCUACGUGGUGCCCAAUGAUGAAGCUGAGCAAGAGCGACUGGACUUAGUACACCACAUUUAUCGCCUUUUAAUCAAGGGCGAGCUUUUUCUGGCCCCUAUCAGUGCCCACCCGCAUCGUGUCCUCGACCUGGGAACAGGCACUGGCAUUUGGGCCAUGGACUUUGCAGAACAACAUCCUUCUGCUGAAGUUCUCGGUACAGACCUUAGCCCCAUUCAGCCUAAGUGGGCCCCUCCUAACUGCAUCUUUGAGGUGGACGAUUUCGAGCAAGACUGGCUGUACCAUAAAAAGUUUGACUACAUCCAUGCCCGUGAGAUAGCAGGCUGUGUCAGCGAUCCCGACCAGCUUGUUCGCCGCGCUUUCGAGAACCUGGUCCCUGGCGGAUACUUUGAGAUACAGACCGUCUACCCGCGCUUUGUCUCUGACGACGGCACGCAUACUAAGGCAGUAAACGCACAGCUCUGGAUAAAGAGUGUUUGCGAUGGAGCGGCCAAAUUUGGAAAACCCCUAGACUUAACGAAGGAGUGGCUAGGGGAGCUUAAGGCUGCAGGCUUCGUUGAUGUCCAUCAGGAGAUUCGCAAGCUCACGAUUGGCGCUUGGCCAAAAGACCCAGCCCUUAAGGAGAUUGGCAGAUACGGCCUUGUCCAGCAGCAGCAGGCCCUCGAAGCGUACUCGCCCGGUAUUCUCUCCCGCAUUUCUAGCUGGAAGGACGAAGAGAUUCAGGUGCUCCUAGCCAAAGUGAACGAGGAGUUAAAGGAUCCGGAAAUCCACAUUUACCACCCCAUCUACUUCAUAUGGGGCCGGAAGCCGUGA